GUCAGCAUAUAGUAACAAUACAUUGCAGAACAUUUAAAGCAAGCAAAAUCAAAACAAGUGUUAUCCAACUCCUACGAUUCAACUAAUUUAUAUGCUAUAAAUUUUGAUGGCUCAAUAUCAUCCAUCAUUCAUCAGUGGGCCAUAACUAGAUCACUGUUCUAUAAUCACCAGAGAGAAUCAAAAGAGAAGCAAAAAAAAAAUCAAAAACCCAAUUAGUUUCUUGAAGAAACUGGAAAAUGGAAGGAGGUGUGGUCAAGCCGAAUAAAACAGAGUUUUCAGAGUGUUUUAAGACGAUUUGGCGUACACCUUAUAUAAUGUUGCUAGCAUUUUCUGCUGGAAUUGGAGGGCUCUUAUUUGGUUAUGAUACUGGAGUUAUUUCGGGUGCCUCGCUAUAUAUUCGAGACGAUUUUAAAGAUGUGGAAAGGCAUACGUGGUUGCAGGAAACUAUCGUUAGCACGGCAGUAGCAGGAGCUAUUGUUGGUGCAGCAAUCGGUGGAUGGAUGAAUGAUAGAUUUGGGAGGAAAAAGUCAAUAUUAUGUGCUGACUUUUUGUUCUGUCUUGGUUCAUUAACCAUGGCUCUAGCUCCAAACCCAUGGGUCAUAAUUGUUGGUAGACUUUUUGUUGGUUUGGGCGUUGGACUCGUCUCCAUGACAUCCCCAUUAUACAUCUCUGAAGCAUCUCCGGCUCGCAUAAGAGGUGCACUUGUUAGCACCAAUGGUUUACUCCUUACAGGAGGACAGUUUUUAUCAUACCUCAUCAAUUUAGCAUUUUCCAAGACACGUGGAAAUUGGCGUUGGAUGCUUGGGAUUGCUGGAGUUCCGCCGUUGGUGCAGUUUAUCUUGAUGUGUUUUCUUCCUGAGUCUCCCAGAUGGUUGUAUCGGCAGAAUAAAAUAAUCGAGGCACGCAAUAUACUAGAAAAGAUCUAUCCAUCUAACGAAGUGGGCGAAGAAAUGAAAGCCUUGCAAUCAUCGGUUGAAACCGAAAAGGAAGCGGAAGGGUCGCUAGGAGAUGGUAUCUUUUCAAAGAUGAAAAGUGCAUGGGGCAAUAAGGUUGUUAGAAGAGGACUAUAUGCAGGUGUCACUGUCCAAGUUGCGCAACAAUUUGUUGGAAUCAAUACCGUCAUGUACUACAGUCCCACCAUUGUGCAACUCGCUGGAUUCGCCUCCAAUAGGACAGCAUUAGCGCUAUCUCUAGUUACCACGGGCCUCAACUCGUUUGGUACCAUGUUAAGUAUGUUGUUUGUUGAUAGGUUUGGAAGGAGGAGGUUGAUGCUCAUCUCAAUGGUUGGGAUCAUUACUUGCCUCGUGGUUUUAUCGAUCUUGUUCUUUCAGGCUUCGGUUCACGCUCCUCUUGUUGGUAUUAGCGAGUCGAAUCGUUUUGGGGUUAACUAUACAUGUUCAGAUUUCAAAGGAUCAACAAAUCCAUCAUCAUGGAACUGCAUGACUUGCUUGAGAGCAUCCCCAGGAUGUGGCUUUUGUGCAAGCAACGAAAAUAUAUAUAAUCCUGGGGCAUGUUUGGCUGUUGACACCAUCACCCGAAGCAGUUGUCGAGCACAACAUCGUACAUGGUACACCUAUGGUUGCCCAAGCAAGUUCGGGAUUUUCACAGUUUUACUCCUCGGGUUAUACAUUUUGUGUUACGCUCCUGGGAUCGGGACUGUGCCUUGGAUCGUGAAUUCAGAGAUAUACCCAUUAAGAUAUCGUGGCACUGGUGGGGGGAUCGCAGCGGUUUCAAACUGGGUUUCAAAUCUAGUCAUAAGUGAAACAUUCCUAACGUUAACCGAGACAUUAGGGUCUUCUGGUACGUUUCUGCUUUUCGCAGGGUUCUCUACGGUAGGACUCGUGGCUAUAUUUUUUCUCGUCCCAGAAACGAAAGGGAUGCACUUUGAGGAGGUUGAGAAGAUGCUAGAAAAAGGAUAUCGACCAAGGUUAUGGUGUAGUCAAGACAAGGAUAUGAAGUCUGCUUCUUAGGUUUAUAGUCAAGUUUCCAUGUCAUAUAAUAUCUUCUUAAGUUAUAACUAAGUUUUAUUUUAGUUUUUUGUUAAUUAGUCUUUUCUUGACAAAACAUUGUAUGAUCCAAGGUUUCAACAUGUUUUUAUUUUGUUUC